CGCCGCCCUUCCACGCUCGGUCGCCAGGGCGGCGGGAACGGGAAAGCGAAAGCGGAACCCGCCUGGAGGACCUAGCGCGGCCCGAGCGUCUCCUCCGCGCCAUGGCGUCAGCGUUGAAGGUCAAAGACCCCACGGUUUCUGAGAGAACAGUAGUGGUCUCUGGUCUUCCGCUCGGUCUUUUAAAAGACCAGUUAGUGAAGCGCUACUUCCGGGAUGAGAGUGGACACGUGGAAGAGGUGAUAUAUCCAUCAAGAUCCAAAGGAGUCGCAUAUAUCAUAUUCAAGGAAAAGAAAGUUGCUCAGAGUGUCAUCAGACAAAAGGAAUGUCCUCUAGCCUCAGUGCCUCAGCUCACAGUCUCUCACUUCAGUGAAAAGGUCUUCAACUAUGCGACGGCUAUUCUUGAUCUGUCUGUUUUCCGGACUCAGACUGCACUAGAAAGCCUAGUCGUGGACCUGAAAAAGAAAAUCCCAACUUUAAGCUUCAGCGCCUUGGGACCCAGUGGGAAACUCUCCGUGCGAGGUUCAUUUCUGGAUCUCAUGGAACUCAAGCAGGCUUUGCUAUCAAAAGCCAUUUCCCCUUUAGAAAACGGCAGGAAUUAUGCUGGUGAAAGGAGAAACUGCAGGAGCCAGAGCCCUAGAAGACUCCUGCAGAAAAGCAGGAACUCUGCGGUGACCGUCAGGGCCUCUGCACCCGAGCCUACCACAAGCAAAAGGACACUUGUGCUUGACACAGAUGUUUUCCGUUACCUGAAAUACAAGUGUAAGUUUUAUGAACUUACACUGAAGAAAUACCAUAUCCUGUGCCAGGAGAGGGUGGAUGGUGAUGUCACCACCCUUUGUCUACAAGAUGCCCAUGGUGGGUCUCUCAGUAGCGUUGUCAGACGUGUGGAAAUGCUCAUUGAGGAGUGGGCCCAGGAGCUCCAUCUGGAGCUCAGAAAAGAGAUACUGGUUUUGGAAGGAAGGGGUGAUAGAGAGAAAAGAAAUAUUAAGCAGGCUUUGGAACAACUGUGUUUCAGAUAUCCCAAAGUUUUGGCUAAUGUUCACAGCACACAUAUUGACAUUAUAGGACCUUCUUCCGACACACACCUAUUUAAGACACAGCUCAUGAGAUGUGCAGAGCGAAAUGUGCAGCCGCAGUGAUCUCGGUCACUUUCCCCCUGACUGAGAAGAGACUGCCUGCUUCUCAUUCCCUCCAUCUUUUAUUGUGUGCACCAUAGUCUUCAUGUUACAGGAGAAGAAGAUAGGAUUGAGGGAAAUUACAAUGCUUAGCGAAAGUUACCCGGCUGACAAGGGUAAAGUGGGGCUGACAUUGAACAAAAUAGUGAUAUCUAAACCAAGCUUUGAAGAAUGAACUUGCUAAACUUUGAAGAAAUCCCCACAUUCCCUGCAACCCCAAAUUAUUAGGAAAAGAAGCAUUUCCCUGCAUAGGUCUACAUGAUUAUUAUGCUGUUACUAAGCUCGCGGGGUUUGUAGUCUCUUCACGUAGCAGAAGAGCGUUAGCCAAGAUCGCUUGGAAACGCGGUGGUUCUGUUAGAAUUGGGAGGCAUCUUGGGUGAAAUCUGUGCAACUGCUCUUGUAGGUGGUUCUGGUUUUACAAUGGUGUGGCAUCCAGGUGAGCACUGUUAUGUUGAAAACAAUGUGAGUCAGAAAUGCCUUUAAUCCAUGUGAUUUGCAGACCAUCCUGGCUUUGCUACACUGUCCACAGCUCUGAAAUGGCUGCUUACCCUGGUGGUUGCGUUGACUGACGGCCUGGGGCUCAUUGUUGCUGCUCAGCAUUGUUAGAGAGCAUUGCACUGUGGAUUACUACUAGCCUGGAAAAGGUCCCAUGUCUCCAUUUAUACUGACUAUAUUUUUUUUGUACCGUAAAUUUAUACAGUUUAUUUGGACUAUAUUUUUUUUUUUUUGUACCAUAAUAAAGUAAAACCACACAGAAAAAUUAAAUUGUGAGCUGAACCAUUAUUAUUAUCUGCCUUCUGAACAUUCAUAGUCUUAUUCCUCAGAUGCUAUUAUUUUAACAGCAUGAUAAUAAAGACAAAGAAAAGCCAUGGUGAUUUGUGUCCAGGCCUACGACUCCCUGGAAUUUAGCCUCAGAGUGAUUAUGAUUAUUUUAACUGUAUCGGUAGAGAAGCAUAAGACAAAGCUGUUGUGUCUUUAUUUUUCUUUGCCGUCUA